AUGCAAAUCGAAGAAAAGCAAGUCAGGGACGUCCCUGUCGCCUUCCCCGACGGUGAUCACUCCGAUGCCACCGACGAUGAUGCCUCGCCCGCUACCACCCCUUCGACCACUUCACCUCAAUCUCAACAACCUUCCAUCCCAUCUUUACGUCCAACAAAGGAUAUGACCGCCGGUAUCUCCGCCUCUUCAACACAUUUGGGUCAGAUUAAUGCUGCCCGACGAGGUCCCGCUCCGCGCCCCCAAGCGUCCAUGAGUGCGGCGCCGUCCGGGGGACUAAAUCAGGAUAUUCUCGCCAAAAUGAAAGCCUUCUCCCUUUCUCGGCAGGGUGCCCCUCCAUCUUUACCCCAUGCUGCCUCUUCACCUACCAUUCCGUCUCUCAACAGCCCCGGGGCCCCUAAUGGUGGCGUGCAGUCACCUCCAUCGGGUGGGCCGAUCGCUGGCCCGCUUCCUGGUCGCCUGCCCCCGCAAGCCCGUCCCAAUGCAAAGAACUGGGUUUCGUCUCCUACUGUCGCGGGUUCUGCGGCUGCUAAUGCUCCUAAGCCGGCAGGCAGCUUGGCUGCCAAACGGAUGAAGCCUGGCCUCAAGCUCUCGGAUGCCGCGGGACCCAACGGGUCUUCGCCAGGGAAACCCUCCGAUGGACCUGCCCCAGGUGGAGAGUCGGUAUUCAGCAAAUACUCCGAGUUUGUUGAUACCAAGACGGGUACGCUCAAUUUCAAAAACAAGGCGGUCAUCCACGGUGGUGGCGUGGAAUUUUCUUCCGGGCAUAGCUUCAACAUUUCUUUGGAUGAGGUCGAUCGCUUAGACGAACUGGGCAAAGGAAACUACGGCACGGUAUACAAGGUUCGACACAGCCGGCCGCACAUGCGUAAGCCCGGAACGGGCGUUGGAGGUAUCCUCAGCCGUCCCGUAGGCCCCGACGACUCCAAUUCUGAUUGCAUUCCGGCACUGAAGCCCCAAGAUAACCUUUCUGGGGUGGUUAUGGCGAUGAAGGAAAUUCGACUCGAGCUGGAUGAGAGUAAAUUCGCUCAGAUCAUCAUGGAAUUGGACAUUCUCCAUCGUUGCGUCUCACCUUUCAUCAUUGACUUUUACGGCGCGUUUUUCCAAGAAGGCGCAGUUUAUAUAUGUGUCGAGUUCAUGGACGGUGGCUCAAUCGACAAAAUCUACAAACAGGGUGUCCCGGAAAACAUCCUUCGCAAGGUAACGCUCUCCACCAUCAUGGGGUUAAAGACCCUCAAAGACGACCAUAACAUCAUCCAUCGUGAUGUCAAGCCCACCAACAUCCUUGUCAACAGUCGCGGCCAAAUCAAGAUUUGCGAUUUCGGUGUGAGCGGUAACCUGGUGUCGAGUAUUGCCAAGACGAAUAUUGGGUGUCAAAGUUACAUGGCCCCCGAACGAAUCGCCGGUGGUGGUAUGCAGCAGUCAGGAGCGACCAGUACCGGGACCUACAGCGUCCAGAGUGACAUCUGGAGCUUAGGGUUAUCGGUAAUUGAAUGUGCCCUUGGCCGUUAUCCUUAUCCUCCCGAGACUUUCAACAACAUCUUCAGUCAGUUACACGCCAUCGUCCAUGGAGAAGCUCCAACUCUUCCCGAAACAGGCUAUUCUGAGGAUGCACAUGCGUUUGUUCGCGCAUGCUUGGAUAAGAACCCUAAUAACCGUCCUUCGUACACGAUGCUCUUGCGACACCCCUGGCUUUCGCCACUCAUGCAACCUCCUACCGAAGACGAAGCCGCCAAGGCCCCUGAAGACUCCGGGGCGGAAACUGAAGACAAAGAAGUCGCUGAUUGGGUAAAUGAGCGACUCGCCGUUUUAGCAUCUGGGCAAGAACCGCCUCCAGAUAAGCCGGCUUUACACGCCGCCCCACUGGAUGCUGUUCCUGGAAGCCCACUUUUAGAAGAUGCCACAUUGAAACAACCUGCCUGA